GAAUCUGGUUGAAAUAUAAAACCGUUCGUAAACAAGUAAGCUGUUGAUUCUUUGCCAUCUACCAGUCCACGCGCGGUAUACGUGCUCAUUCUGUGUUCACAUACUCAAAUUAAUAAAAAAGUUUUUGACAAAAAAGUUUUGAUUGAAAUAAUGACUUCGUACACUGACAAAGGAAGAAAACCAGAAAAUGGAAGAUUUCUCGCAUUUGAUCACCUUACUUUCUGGGUGUCAAACGCAAAACAGGCGGCCAGUUACUAUGUGACGCGUUUCGGCUUCGAAAGCCUCGCCUACAGCGGGCUUGAGACGGGCUCUAGGAAAAUUGUCUCUCACGCUGUUAGAAUGAAUAAGAUAAUAUUCGUAUUCCAAGCUCAAUACGAACCUGAAGAGACCGAGUUUACGAAUGAAGUGGCGUAUCACGGGGACUUUGUAAAAGACGUCGCCUUCCAAGUGGAGAACUUGGAUUACAUCGUGGAAUACGCACGGAAGCAAGGCGCCGAGAUCGUGAGGGACAUAUGGGAAGAGUCUGAUCAGUACGGUACAGUCAGAAGGGCAACUUUGAAGACGUACGGCGACAACACUCACACUUUGGUAGAUAGAACGAAUUACAGAGGUCCAUUCUUACCUGGUUACGUGCCAUCACCGCCUGAUCCUAUACAUAAAUUCUUGCCAAAAGUAGAAAUCAACUUUAUAGACCACGUGGUAGGAAAUCAACCUGAUAACGAGAUGGAGACGGCUGCAUCUUGGUACGAGAGGUGUCUACAAUUUCACAGAUUCUGGUCCGUCGAUGAUAAGCAAGUCUGCACUGAGUAUUCAGCGUUACGGUCAGUGGUGAUGGCAAAUUGGGAGGAGAACGUGAAGAUGCCCAUUAACGAACCCGCGGUCGGCAAAAAGAAGAGCCAGAUCCAGGAGUACGUGGAGUACCACGGGGGAGCUGGAGUACAGCACAUAGCUAUUAACACUGAAGACAUUAUAACGACAAUUCAGAACCUACGCGCCCGUGGUGUGGAAUUUCUCACUAUUCCUUCAAAAUACUAUAAGCUCAUACGAGAAAACUUAUCCCGCAGUAAAGUGAGGGUGGCCGAAAGUAUUGAUAUAUUGGAGCGUCUGAACAUCCUUAUAGACUACGACGAUAAUGGAUACCUGUUACAGAUAUUUACCAAGAAUACCCAAGAUCGACCCACCUUGUUUUUGGAGGUUAUACAGAGGCGAAAUCAUAAUGGAUUCGGAGCUGGCAACUUUAAAACAUUGUUCGAAUCGAUAGAAUUAGAACAAGACAGACGUGGCAACUUGUGAAUUAGACAAAAUAAUAAAUUUUAGUACUAUUUUUGUAUAAUAUUGGAACAUUAAUAAUAAUAUUAUAUACUUACUAACAAAUAAAAGACAUACUAAAUCUUCGUUUUAA